AAAUGCCUUAAUUUUUGCAGAAUUUCAUUUAAUUCCUGUCGAAUUGAUUGGAGCUAAUUGGAGUUGCUCUGCUUUCGCUUCUUGAUUCGCCAUUUCUUUGAGGUUGUCAGGAUGAGAUCAAGGGGUUGGUGAUUACAAGACGGAGAAGAAAAUGAGUGAGAGCGAGAGGUUUCAACUUGGCACCGUCGGGGCAUUGUCUCUGUCAGUGGUUUCUUCGGUGUCGAUCGUGAUUUGCAAUAAGGCACUUAUCAGUACUCUAGGUUUCACUUUUGCAACAACUUUGACUAGCUGGCAUCUUCUGGUCACAUUCUGUUCCCUUCAUGUGGCAUUAUGGAUGAAACUGUUUGAACACAAGCCUUUUGAUGCACGAGCUGUUAUGGGCUUUGGCAUACUUAAUGGGAUUUCUAUUGGACUAUUGAAUCUUAGUCUGGGUUUCAACUCUGUGGGCUUCUACCAGAUGACGAAGCUGGCAAUUAUUCCUUGUACUGUUCUUUUGGAGACUCUUUUCUUUAGGAAGAAGUUUAGUAGGAACGUCCAGUUCUCUCUUUCCAUCCUCCUCUUGGGCGUUGGUGUUGCAACUGUGACUGAUCUGCAGCUCAAUGCUCUGGGUUCUAUUUUGUCACUGCUAGCAGUUGCUACAACUUGCAUUGCUCAGAUUAUGACCAACACUAUCCAGAAAAGGUUUAAGGUUUCUUCAACCCAACUUUUGUAUCAGUCUUGCCCUUAUCAAGCCAUGACGUUAUUUAUCGUUGGUCCUUUUCUAGAUGGGCUUCUGACUAAUCAAAAUGUUUUUGCGUUCAAGUAUACACCUCAAGUGUUGGUGUUCAUUGUUCUGUCCUGCCUGAUCUCUGUCUCUGUUAACUUCAGUACAUUUCUUGUAAUUGGAAAGACUUCUCCUGUUACCUAUCAGGUCCUGGGACAUUUGAAAACAUGCCUCGUUCUGGCUUUUGGUUAUGCUUUACUUCGUGACCCAUUUAGCUGGAGGAACAUAUUUGGAAUCCUGAUUGCCGUUGUUGGAAUGAUACUGUAUUCGUACUUCUGCAAUGUUGAGAGUCAGCAAAAAGCUAUUGAAGCAUCUGCCCAGUUGUCACAGGCGAAGGAAAACGAAUCUGAUCCUUUAAUGAGUGUGGAAAAUGGAACUGGGAUUGUGAAUGAUGGUGUUGCUCCAACAGCCCCAGUCUGGAGCUCGAACAAAGAUCUGCAUGCAUAAAGGUUUCUAUACUUCAUUAAUCCACACAACAUGAAAGAGCUUAACAGGCAACUGUUCCAGCAAUGGUGAAGUCAGGAGGAAGGGGAUGGCCUUGAUGAACUGUAUCUACUAAUGGGAGAGAUGAUGUUUUAUUAGAUCAUGGGGGAUCACCAUUGUAAUAGUUAGCAGAGUUGAAAGAAAUGAAUUUAUUUUCCUUAGCAGUUUUGGCUACCAUUUAUAUAUGAUCCAAAGUGCUCCAACAAGCAAUUCUUAAGCUGGAUGCAAUCCCUGUUAAUUUGUCAGUUGAGCGUUAUUGUUCCUAAAAUUGAAAGAAAAAAAAUAUGAUUUGUUAUGAUUAA